CGCACCGCUCCUGGGCUGGACUGCAGCCCCACCCGCCUCUCCACAGGAAGGCCUCUGGUGGUAAUUUGCUGGCAGCUCCUUUCCUGGCAGGACAAUUAGCCAGGGGAGGCAGUGCGGGCAUGCUGACUUCUAACGCUCCAGGACAGCUGUGGGCAAAUAUACCGUUUAAUUCACAAACACACGCACAGUCUGCAGUUCUUAUUCCGCCUGCAUUAGCACAGAUUUUGCCCACACAAUCUGCCCCUCACACUGCCUCUGUACGCACACCUACAGCUGCACACAUGCCUUCUGCAGCUUCUUUGCCAUCUUCCUCCCCUCCAAAGCAGACCCCGCUCUCCUCUGCCAGUCCUUCAUCUGCACCCACCCCCUCGUCUCCUACACCUAUACUCCCCCAGAUACCUCGUCCUAAACCAAUCCCCAUGACCCCCUGUCGCUCCUCCUCUCCUCCUCCCUGCUCCACCCCUCCUUCAGCAGGAACAAACCCGCUGUCGCUCUCAUCAACUCCUCGUCCCAAACCAAUCCCUACACCUUCUUCCCGCUCUUCCUCUCCCUCCCCCUCCUCCACACCGCCUCCAUCUACCCCUGUUACACUACCUCAAACUUACGGGCCCAAAUCAUCUUUCACCUCCUCUUCACCCCCUUCCUCCUUGAUCACCUCUAUCCCACCAUGUCCCCAGAGCCCCCGAGCCAAAGCAUCCAACACACCUCCUUCUGCUUCUCCGUUGUCUGGCCCCAGUCCCACCCCAACCCCAAUACAGACUCCCAAUCAGACUACCCGUACCCGUACUCCUACACAAACCCUGGCACCUGUUACUCCUACCCAGAUCCUUACCCAAACACCUUCACCCUUUCCCAUCCCCGUUACACCUGUCCCCUCCCCAAGUAAAUCUAGUCCAACCCCUUGUCUCCAGUCCUCUGUCUCCAGCUCAGCUAUAGGCCCCACCUUGAGCCCGGUGCCAAAACAGACCCCAACCCAAACUGCAUCUCCUUCCCCAACAUCAGCAAGCACCAGCUCUCCAAGAAAAAUAACUUUCUCAGUUCAUCCUGUAAAGCAAACCCCUCCUGUCUCUAGUCCAAGCCCCACUUUAGGCUCUGGUCAUUCCACCAAACCAACCCCAGCGACAACCUCAUCCUCAACAACUUUAUGUCCAUACCCGAGUUCCACUCUUACUACCACCUCUUCAUCCACCACCACCUCUUCUAGUAUCCAAUCUGCCUCUCCUCAACCAUCUAAACAAAUUCCAACCACCACAGCUGCCCCUACCCACUCCUCAAAAUUCAAUACACCCUCUACCCCUGCUCAGACAUCUCAGGCAUCCACCGAUACACCCACCCAGUCAGCACAUGCAGCCACCCCUGCCAACACCACCUGCCCUAAAGAUGGGAAAAAAGACCCUCAACUGCCACUUGCUAGAAAAAACUCAGAGGGACUAAGACACAAACUGCCCCCCAACAUGUAA